AUGGUGACGGACACGAUUUUUGUUCCGGCCGGGAGACGCAUUGUCGGUGACUCUUUUGCUUCAACCAUCAGUGCUGUUGGUGUGAAAUUCCAGAACCCGGCUGCUGUUCGGCCCAUGGUUAGGUUCGGAUAUCCUGGGGACGUUGGUGUCGCACAAGUGACUGAUAUGCUGUUCACGGUUGGAGAUAUUCUUCCCGGUUGUAAAAUGGUCGAAGUGAACAUCGCCGGUGCACACCCUGGUGACGUCGGAUUCUGGAACACCCAUAUCCGAGUCGGUGGUGCAGUCGGAAGCAAAGUCCAGAGCCAGUGUGCGGGAGGCCCAGCCAAGUGCAAGGCAGCCUGGGCCAAUCUCCAUCUCACCAGCACGUCCUCUGCCUAUAUCGAGAACAUGUGGGGAUGGACAGCGGACCACGACCUUGACGGCGAGAACGGUCAAGUCAUUGCCACUGGGCGCGGCAUCCUCGUGGAAGCGACAGCUGGCACCUGGCUCGUUGGAACUGGAUUCGAGCACCAUACGCUCUACCAGUACAACUUUGAAAAUGCGCACAACGUAUUCUCCACCAUGCAGCAGAGCGAAUCGGCAUACUGGCAAGGCCCAGGCAACGUGCUGGCCCCUGCUCCUUGGCAGGAUAACCUUAUUAACAGCGACCCGGACUUCUCGCAGUGUGCUGAGGGAGACGCCCUAUGUCGGAUGGGAUUGUUUGAGCGAAUCCAUGCUUCGUCGAACCUUUUCCUCUAUGGAGGCUGCAACUGGGUGUUUUUCAACAACGGCGGAGACUGCCAGUCAAACAAUGGGAAAUGCCAGAAGAAUGCCAUCCAGAUCCAGGACUCGUCAGCAAUCUAUCUUUAUGGCACGAACACCAAGAGUACAAUCAACAUAGUGCUCGACGGCCACCGCGCGAUCGCGACAGAAAAUGAUAAUUCCGGUGGCUGGGGAGGUGUCGUCGCCGCGUACCUCUACGCUGCAUAA